AUGGCAAAGAAGAAGAAGACUCAACUCAAGCCCGUUGCUCGAGGAUUUACCACCACCUCGCUUCCAAAGAAAGUUGUUUCAGGGGAUAUUGCUGAAGUCGAAAGGCCUUCAAUCGAGGCUUCCGUUAACACGUUUGGUGAAGAUGACGAUGGAAAAAUUACGCAACGUAUUGAACCAGUGGAGAAGGAGACAUCAAGUAUAAUUUCAUCUGAGGAAGUGGAUUUGCAAAACCUUGUUGAUCGACACCAAGAUAAAACGGAGAGAGAGGUAUCUAGGACUUUGAAGUCUAUCGAAGUGGAUCGACGAUAUUCACAAACGCUACCUCGACUGGACAUAGAUCCCCUAUUGCGGGACAAAUUGUUGGACAUCUCUUUGAAUAGUGAAAUCUCCGAAGGUCAAAAAACAGUCGAAGACUCAGAAGAGAAAACACUUUCUAGACUUAGUAUCAGCUAUGGGGUACUAAGAAGAUUAGGUUUUACAGAAGAGCGCGUUGAUGAAUGUUUAAGAAGUAUUAGCGGCGUUGAACUAGACGAAGCAUUCGACUGGCUUUACCUGCAUUGCUCAGAAGAAGAGCUCCCUUUCGAAUCUCAAAUAUCUGCUACGUUCAAGCUGCCUAGUGGUGUGACUUUCCGAAAGAAUGUUACACCUCCACCUACACCUCGAAUUGAACAAGUACCUCUAUAUCACUCCAAACCAGUUGUCAAUCAAAGUCCAUCGAGCACAGGCGGUGUAAAUAUUUCGAAUUCAAAUAGUGCCGAAAACCCUGACGACUUAGUUGUGAUGGACAAACCUAAAACUCCCCCCACGGAUGAAUACACGACGAGUUCUGAAGGAACAGGGUCUGACGACGAGUUCGACAAUGAUCCUACCUUGGCCUAUGUUCGCCUCAAACUCAAGCUUGAUGAAAUAUCCUCGAACCCGCAAUCGCAGCUCAGACAGGAACAGCUGAAACAAUUACGAGACAGGUUGAAUAAAGUUGCUCAAGAUUACCUCUUCGACGAAAAGGAUGCAUUUCUACGGUACAAGGAAGAGCGCAACAAAAUCGAUCAGCAGCUAUUAAAUGAACGGCUUCGUCUUUCGGGCACAGAUCUCUCAGAGCCAUCGAAAUCGCGAGACAAAAAACCACAUACCACGAAGCCCAGCAAAGGCAGUAACAUUGUGGACGACGGCAAUGAUACUGAUGAUUCGAUCGGAAUGUUAGGGAUUCUUGAGGACCCAAAUGCCACUGAAAUUAAUAUCAAAGGUGUUACUUUCUGUCUGCGGGAUAUGACUGUGCCUAAACAUUGGUCGGGACCAAUGCCUAAAACUAUGCUUCGGGAUUUGGUGACCAAAAUGGACCGAUAUGCUGCUAUAUCUUAUACAACCCUUUCAGACCAUUCGCGAGCGAGACGAGCAAGUGUCAGUAUCUCAUGGCAAAACAAAAAAAGGGACGAAUGGAUUAUGGAUGACGUAGCAUGCUCUGAGGACUCUCAGGCAGAGCAAUAUAUAGCAGCAGUCGCCCUUCAUUCAUUAACGCAUCCUUUGGCAGAAGGAUUCAUUCCCUCCAUUCCUGCAAAUGCAAGUAGUUCUACUUCAUUCAGAUUACUGCCGGCUGUGUAUCGAGAUCUCUGGGACGAAAUGGAAAUAUCGAGGAAAGCCAGAGAUGAUGCUAUCAAUAGGCAGAUAUGGUCCAAACUGCUUUCUAUCAUGGAGGAUAAAAUUCAAAGAGAUUCAAAGGUUUGCCAACAUUUACAAAAGCAACAAAAAACAUCAUCUGGAAAGCCUUUGUCGGGAUUAAUUCGUAACCCUCUUGACAAUAAGGAUCACUUUGAUUCCCUUUCCCUUGCGUUUCAAGCUCGGCAGCAAACUACUGCUUACCAAGAAAUGCUCUCUCGCAGGAAUGACCUGCCAAUUGCACGAUUUCGUGAUCGUAUAGUUGAAAUCCUUGCAUAUUCACAAGUUCUUGUUCUAAGUGGCGAAACUGGAUGUGGGAAAUCAACUCAGGUUCCUUCAUUCAUUCUAGAGGAUCAUAUGUCAAAGGGAAAACCUUGCAAGAUAUAUUGCACCGAACCUAGGAGAAUUUCAGCCAUAUCAUUGGCGCAACGCGUAUCAUACGAACUCUGCGAUCCUCCGAAUUCUGUUGGGACGAAUAAUUCUCUUGUCGGCUAUUCGAUAAGAUUGGAGAGCAAUAUUUGUCGAAAUACCCGGUUAGCUUUUGUUACCAAUGGUAUCGCUUUAAGAAUGCUUGAAGGCGGAAGCGGACAAGGCGGAAGCGGGACUGCAUUCGAUGAAAUCACGGUCCAUGAACGCACUAUUGAAUCCGAUUUUUUAUUGAUUGUCCUAAAGUCAUUGCUAAUCGAGAGGCCUGACCUGAAGGUUGUCUUGAUGUCUGCAACGCUGGAUGCGGAAAAGAUAUCAAGUUACUUCGGGAAUUGCGAAAUUCUUCAGGUUCCUGGGCGUACCUUCCCUGUUGAUGUGAAAUAUCUUGAAGACGCAAUUGAAUGCACAAAGUGGUCAAUCUCUGACAAUUCUCCUUAUGCAAGACGACUCCAUGACAAAUAUUAUAAAGGAAAGAAUAGGUCGGAAUGGACAGAGGAUGCACCCACUAUAGAUGAUGAAGAUGACGAACUGAGCGACAGCAAAAACAAUACGGUCAAACUAGAAAAACGCUAUUCCACUGAAACAGUCGCGACACUAAAUACUAUCGAUGAACGAUUGAUUCCAUAUGACCUUAUUAUUAGGCUCUUGGAGGUCAUAUGUUUUGAAAAUUAUGUGUACCGGCCCUUCUCACCAGCUAUUUUGAUUUUCAUGCCGGGUUUGGGUGAAAUACGUCGGCUGAACGAUACCCUCGUCGAACACGCCUUCUUUGGUUCAAGUGAAUUUAGGAUUUAUCCUCUUCAUUCAACACUAUCAAGCGAAUCUCAAGGAGCAGUGUUUGACGUUCCACCUCCAGGAAUUCGCAAAAUUGUCAUUGCGACCAACAUUGCUGAAACAGGAAUCACAAUACCGGACAUUACAUGUGUGAUUGAUACGGGAAAGCAUCGUGAAAUGAGAUUUGAUGAAAAGCGACAGAUCAGUCGGCUAGUUGAGACUUUUAUUUCUCGAAGCAACGCUGCGCAAAGACGUGGUCGUGCAGGUCGCGUUCAAAGUGGACUUUGCUUUCAUCUGUUCACACGAAUUCGGCAUGAAACACAGAUGGCCGAAAGUCCUCUCCCUGAAAUGAUGAGACUUAGUUUAUCAGAUCUUGCUCUCCGAAUCAAAAUCAUGAAAGUCAAGCUUGGAUCUUCAAUAGAGGAUGUCCUCGCUCGUGCCCUUGAUCCACCUAUUUCUAUCAAUGUCCAGCGAGCAGUCUCGAUGCUCAUCGAGGUCCGAGCCUUGACACCUUCUGAGGAGAUCACCCCUAUGGGGAGGUUGUUGAGCAAAUUACCGACAGACGUCCAUCUCGGAAAAUUUUUGUUAAUUUCGACGUUGUUUCGUUGUCUUGAUCCCGCUCUUACCAUCGCCGCUACACUGAAUUCUAAAUCGCCCUUUGUCGCCCCUUUCGGUUUAGAGCAUGAUGCAGAUAGAGCCAGAAAUUCAUUUCGCAUUGAAAACUCGGAUUUUUUGACUAUCCAUAACGCCUUUUCCAGUUGGCGCACAUCAUGUGCAGAUCCUAAUUUUGCAAGGAAGUUUUGUCGCAAAUAUUUCUUGAGCCACCAGAAUCUACUACAGAUUGAAGACCUCCGCCAACAAUUUUUAGGGUACCUCAUUGACUCCGGAUUUAUUCAGGUUGAUAAGUCUAUUAUUCGCGAAUUAAGUCGCGCCCGGUUUUCACGCAAUCGUACGCGCUUUGUUCUAAUUCCAUCAGAACUGGAUGCAAACUCGGACAAGCCUACACUGGUUCAUGCUGCUCUAGCAGCAGGACUUUAUCCCAAAAUUUUAUCAGUGGAUCAGAAGAAUGGGCAACUGCGUACCAUCACCAACAAUCAACACGCUAUGUUCCAUCCCUCGUCGGUUAAUUUUGGCAGGAACCCAAUCGAUUUUGGAGUUAACCACCUGACAUAUUUCACGCUGAUGCAUUCUAAGAAACUGUAUGCUUGGGAAACAGCGCCUGUCGACGACCUUUCCAUGCUUUUGCUGUGCGGAGAAGCAGACUUCAAGCUUGCUGCUGACACCAUCUAUAUUGAUCGCAAGAUCAAGGUAUGCACAUCUCCGAAAACCAGCAUUGCUCUCAAAAUUCUUCGAGAGAGACUGACGAGUCUACUCGCACGACAAUACGAAGGAAAGGUACUUACAGACUCACAGUCGAAAUGGAUGGAGCUCGGAUUGCUAGCACUCAGCAGGAUAAAACUUGUAUCAGAAAAUGACGGAGCGGCCAUAGGAAUUAGAUAG